AUGCUAGCGGCGGUCUUUUUCUUCCAACCAUUCGGACAACUAGUCGCAGUCUUGGUGGCAUUUGCUGCGACGGCUGGCUUUCGGUCACAUAUCGCAAACAUCACUGCGACUUCUGGUCCCGGAUCUUGCUCUAUGGCUGCAGCCGAUCCUGCUGGCAUUGAAUGUGCAAAGACCAUUGACAGAGCGUGGAGACUCGUUGCUGGGAUUGGAGCUGUGCCUGCCGUUAUCGCUAUCUAUUUCAGAUUCACGAUUCCAGAGUCGGUCUACUAUUCGCUUGAUGUCAUGAAUGAUACUGACAAAGCUAUGAAUGACGCAACAUACUUCGACUCGACAGAAUCACUUGAGCUAGACUCGCUUCCUAGGAACGAUUAUACCUCUGUCAACAGUGACCAGCAGGAGUGUCCUGGUCUAGCUUCACCUCAAGAUAUCCAUAGACCCGGACAGAUGACCACUGACUCAAUCACGGCUGCAACAAUGGCAACAAACGGAUCCUUGCAUCAAAUCGACCGCAACUCGAGGGAAAAUGUGACCUCAGAAAGAGCCUUUUUUGGACCAUUUCUCACCUACCUAUCUAAGGACCGCAACUGGGUUGACCUUUUCGCCACAUCUGUCAAUUGGAUGAAUCUUGAUUUCACAUUCUAUCUUUUGGGUGUCAACAGCUCAAGUUUCAUACCUAGACUGUUUGGUGAAGACAUUGGGCCAGAGAGGCCUCCAUAUUCCCUGCUUAUUGGUGAAGAGAGACAUAUACUCGAAUCGUCCUCGGUCGGAUCACUUCUUGGUAGUCUUGGCGCUAUCGCUAUCAUGCAUUUCAAAAGCCCUAAAGCUUUCGUCCGCGCGGUCAACAGCCCGAGAAGACUACAGACAAAGGGUUUCAUUCUGUUGGGAGCUCUUUUCAUCAUCGUUGGGGUAAUGUACUUGACACUUCCGACCACAAAUGCCCAUGUCGCCAUUGUUGUAUUCUACCAAUUGUGCCAGCUCUUCUAUAAUUUGGGUGAGUCUUACCUCCGUACUUCGGCGAAUCUACGCACACUAAGUGGAUUACAAGGUCCAAACACAACUACUUUCAUGAUUCCGGCGCAAGUAUUUCCUACCAAAUUUAGAUGUACCUGCUACGGCAUAUCAGCAGCCCUCGGCAAGCUUGGCUCUGUUCUGGGGCAGAUUGUGGUCACCGAGGUUCCAGGGUACAGAGGUCUUGGAGGCACGCUCGUUGGAUUCACGAUCGUCAUGAUCGUUGGAGCACUCAUGUCAAUCUUCGUGACACCCGAAACCUGUGACAAGACUGGUGAAAGCCUCCCACUAGAAGACUUGGCCGAGAGAAAGCCCCGGGAACUUGCGCUACGGCAAAAGAACGACUUACAUGAAGACUGA